AUGAGAAAAUCUGACGAUGAGAGCAGCAGUAACAGCGACAGCGAAUCUACGGAAUAUUGUUAUGCAGUCAAUAACAAGCAAAAACAUCCGCGAACAUCUGUGUCAAUAAACGGACAGCGCGUAAAAAUGACAAUUGACAUCGGAUCUAGUAUAAACGUGAUUGAUAAGAACACAUUCGCAAAACUGCGGAACAUUGAGCUUAAAAAGACAUCCGUCAAAGCAUACCCCUUCAAUUCGGAUAAACAUGUCAAGAUGGAAGGCAAAUUUCGCGCUCUAGCUGAAUCGAAACAUAAAUUCACGGUUGCGAAAAUCUAUGUAACCUCUGAGGACGGUGGUUGUUUAUUGAGCUCUGAAACAGCGCAGGAACUCGGACUUGUCAGUCUACACCUUAAUGAAAUAAAUAAGAACACCACCUCAACUAGUUCAGAACAACCAUCACAACUCAAACUACAUACAAAUGACAAAAAGCUCCAACACAUUUUGGAUAACCACACCCCUGUUUUCAGUGGACUGGGUAAACUCAGAAAUAAACAGGUUGAACUAGCAAUCGAUGAAACAGUUACCCAUGUCGCACAGCCUCAGCGAAGGAUACCAUUUCAUCUACGUCAGAAAGUUGAAAAUGAGAUAAAAAAGUUGGAGCAUGAUGACAUUAUUGAGAAAAUUCCAGAAAACACACCAACAGAAUGGGUUUCCCCAGUAGUUGUUCCUAAGCAAAACAAUAAUAUUCGACUAUGCGUUGAUAUGUGGGUAGCAAACACAUGCAGCCAUCAAAUGAACAACACAUCCAAUACCAACUCUUGAAUCUGUCUCCAUGGAACUUAAAGGAGCUUCAUUCUUUUCAAAACUUGACCUGUGCCAAGCAUACCACCAGCUUGAACUUAGUCCUGAAUCACGAAAUAUCACAACCUUUUGCACUCACCUUGGACUCUUUCGCUAUAUAAACGAUUAAACUAUGGCACUAACGCAGCGGCUGAACUUUUCCAACACACGUUACAGCAGAUAUUACAGGACAUUAAUGGAAUAAAGAACAUUGCGGACGAUAUAAUCGUAUUCGACAACACUUGGGCAGAACAUGGCCGCGCUCUAGAGGAAUGUCUUACCAGAUUACAAGAGCAUAACCUUACGCUUAACUUUCAGAAAUGUAGGUUUCUCAAGAAGAAUCUUGAAUUCUUUGGGCUUGUCUUUACAGAACAAGGUGUCAGUCCAGACCCCAAGAAAGUUGAAGCAUUUCCCAACACACAACAAGCUACAACAGUCAGUGAAUUAAGUUAGAGGUUUAUUAGAAAUGGCGAACUACAGCUCCAAAUUUAUUAAAGAUUAUGCAACCAUCACCAAGCCCCUACGUAAACUAACCCGAAAGAGUACACGUUUUACGUGGACAAACAAACAUCAAGCGGCUUAUAACCAAGGGUGGGUAGUAGCGAAGUAGUUGUAGUUCGCUACUGUAGCGAACUAUAAUUUUCAAGUAGCCAGUAGUUUCUGACUACUUUUUUAAAACAGUAGUUGUAGUUAUAGCGAACUACAUUUGGCCUAAAAGUAGCCAAGUAGUUGACUGCUUUUCAAACAGCGAAUCGCUAUUCGCUACUUUUCAAAAUUGUUAGCAACCGUUCAUAGAAUAGAAUGAUAUUAAGACACGGUUUGCUUAAAAGAUUAUUUUAUACAGUAAAGAUUAUUUUAGCGCAAUGAAAAGUGGCACUCCUGAACACUGUAGUGCUUAUAAAAAUCUUGCUUUGACCCUUUUUGUUUACUGUUGCUACUCGUAAGUCGAUUUGUUGUAGGUUAUAUUACAGCCUGAGCUAGUGGAUGCUCCAAAUACCGUAAAACUAAAAAAUAUAGAGUAGCGAAAUAGCGAAAUAGUUCGCUACAUUUUUUAAGCAGUAGCUGUAGUCAGUAGCGAACUACCUUUGUUCAAAAGUAGCAGUAGUUGUAGCUGACUACAUAUUUUUGAAGUAGCUGUAGUUAUAGCGAACUACAAAAAUUUUGUAGUCAACCCACCCUUGCUUAUAACCUUAUGAUAAACUGAAGCAUGCCCUACUAAAUAGUCCAGUCACGAGCCAUUUUAACACCUCUAAAGAAACUUAUAUUUUAGUUGAUGCCAUUAGAGCUAAUCUAUAACAACCCUAUGUCUCGACCCCCCGCCAGAAUUGAAAGAUGGUUCCUAAGGCUCCAACAAUAUGAUUUUCAGGUGAUCUACAAGAAAGGUAGUGACAACCCAGCGGAUCCAGAACCAAAAGUACCAAAACGUAGUAUGGCUGAGGAAUACAUGAAUUUCGUGACCGUCAAUGCCGCCCAAGCUGCAAUACCACUAACAGUUAUAAAAGAACACACCUCCAGAGAUUCUAGCCUUGUCGCAGUACAAAAGGCAGUAGAGUCUGGUGACUGGACUGAUAAACUGGUGAAACCGGUUCUCAACAUCAGGGACGAAAUAGCUGUGGAUAGCAACAAUGGGGUAAUUUUACGAAGAACAAGAAUAAUCAUACCUGCAACUCUACAAAUACGCAUUGUAAAACUUGCACAUACAGGUCACCAAGGUCUUGCAAAGACCAAAGCUUUGUUACGCGCCAAUAUACGCCUGGUUCCCCAAUAUGAACAAAGCAGCAAAAGAGGAAAUCGAUACAUGCAUGUUUACCAUGCCAAGUUAAUGGACCCCCUAACCCACCAGAACCGUUGCUAACACCAGAAAUGCCAGAUGGACCAUGGCAAUUCAUUCACGCUGACUUUUAUGGGCCACUCCCCACCGGACAGUACAUUAUCGUCCUAAUUGACAAAUAUUCUCGAUAUCCAGAGGCCGAAAUAAUUAACAGUACCUCAGCUAAAACACUUAUUCCCAAAUUAGAUGCUAUUUUUGCACGACACGGAAUUCCACACACGCUUAAAUCAGAUAAUGGACCACCUUUCAAUGGUAAUGAAUUUAAAACUUAUUUAACAAAACUGGGUGUAACACACGAGACAUGGACACCAGAAUGGCCACAAGGAAAUUCGGUAGCCGAAGCGUUUAUGAAAUCUCUUGGCAAAGCAAUAAGAACAGCUCGAGCAGAAAAUCGUAACUGGGUCCAAGAGCUUUCCAGGUUCUUAUUAAGUUAUCGAACCACACCACAUUCCUCAACUAACAUUCCACCUGCUCAACUUCUAUUUAAUCGACCAGUGCGAGGAACAUUACCCAUGUUAAAACCGAAAGCUAAGGUGUUAAAUAGACAUAAAGAAGCCAAAGCAAACGAUGCAAAAGCAAAACCAAAAGGAAGAGACUAUGCGAAUGAAAGAAGACAUACCAAAACAUCAAGCCUAAAUGUGGGAGACAAAGUGAUUCUUAAAACAAAGAAAGAGAAACAAAUUUACAGCAAAAUUCGAACUAGAACCAUAGUAGCUGAAAAUCGAAGACAUACGGUAACAAGGAAUGCAUCCUUCUUUAAACGGAUAAAGGGUGAUGUGAGAGAGUCAGAUGAGGAUGGAUAUUUCAAGGAUCGAGCAACAACAACGGAAAUGAACAACGAAGUACAAGCAUGCACCAAUGAACAGGGACGUGCAAGCACCAAUGAACAGGGACGUGCAAGCACCAAUACUGCGAAGAUCGACAAGAAACCGCAUUCAAAGAGAACAAUACGGAAACACAAUAAAUCUAGACUUGAUUAUUCAUUAAAUUAUGGGACAAACAUUUGA